UAAUUGUUAUAUUCAUUAAGAACGUGUAUUAAUAGUUAUCAGACAGGUGGCGUAAAAGUCUUACAUCCGUUCUAAUGGCGUCAAGAGCCAAGCACUGUUGUCACAUUUUGUUCUACAGUGUUUCAAUAUUUUGAUUUAUUUAUGUUAACCAAAUAGUAAAGAAAACGGGCAGAACAUAACUUUGGACUAUAGAAGGUACAAAUAUUUGCCUCGCACAGAUGAAUCAACAAUAAAUUUUGAAAAAUAUUUUUUCAAAUAAUAGACACACUUACAUACAUAUUAUAUAAUAAAUAUAUAUAUAUAUAACUAUGGAGGUAACAACGGAAGAAGCACAAGCUGUAUUAUUAGAAGGUAUGGAAGGUGAUCAGUACAUCACCAUACAAAGAGCGGAUGGAGAAUCAAUGAGCAAAGGUGUACCUCUGAUAACAUUAAAUGGAGAUUUAAUUUCUGAUCGGAUGGUAGUUGAUAUGAUCAAUGGGACUGAUUAUGGUGCUGCAACGCAAUAUUACGAAGCUGAUUUGUUACCCGAAUUAACAGAAGAAGAUCGAAAAUUAGCAGCAGCAUUAGUCGCCGUUCAAUUGCAACAACAACAAAAACAUCAACAACUUCAUGGUCAAUCGCAACAUGAAGAUUCAGCACUGCCAGACGUUUCACAUUUAGAAACAUUAGGAUCAGUCAAUGGUUAUUCCAUACAAACGGUACCCGAACCAAAUCCAACUACUAUCUAUCCAACUUUACAAUCGUUUAAGAGAAUGGGACACAGCAUUAAACAGGAAUUUAUUAAUGUGAAAAGUGAAUACGAUGUUAAUGUAUCUGCUGAAAGUAGUGAAGAUACAACAUUGACUCCUGGACCUAAACGUUCUUUACCGCAUAAAAAACGAAUUCCACGUAAAUUGAAACAACAGAGUAAAAAGAAUGCAACUAAAAAAGAUGUCGGUAAAAUUAAUCAAGAUUCUAUAAAUGAACAAAGAAAUGAAAUGCAAGUACACGUAUUUGAAUGCGAAUUGUGUGGCUCUAGAUAUAAUAGCCAAUUAAAAUUUUUUGAACAUUUAAAGGUACAUUAUGAACCAGUUAAACAAGAGACUAGAAUAGCUCAAGCGACAAAUACUAGUAUCACAAUAUCGGUACCGGAAACGGUACAAGGCCUAGAAAAUACUGUGAUAGAAGAAUUUAGCGAACCAGAAGAUAUUAUGGAAGGAAUAAGAGGUGUUGUUGAAGAAACUGCAGCCCACAUUAAUGAUGAAACGGAAUCACCUUUAUCAAAUACAAACAAUGAAGCUAUGUUAUGGGCUAUUACUGAUGUAACUGAUCAUGUACAGAGGGACCAUGCAAGAACAUCUACGACUACAGAACAAAAUUUACCUGAAAAAGAAAAGACUAAUAAUAUCCAACAGACGGCAAAGAAAAAGAAAACUAUGAAAGCACGAAAAUCAAGUGACGAAUUGACAUGUACUCAAUGCGAUAGAUCAUUUCAUCAUAAAAAUAGUCUUGUUUAUCAUAUGAGAUCGCACAGUGGUGAAAGACCACAUCAAUGUGAAGUUUGUGGAAAAAGUUUCUUUGCAGCUAGUGCAUUAAAGGUACAUAAGCGUCUUCAUAGUGGUGAUAAACCAUAUAAAUGUGAAAUAUGUGGUCGUCAUUUUAGACAAUGGGGUGAUCUUAAAUAUCAUUCGACAAGUAUUCAUUCGGAACAAAAACAAUUUCAAUGUGAAUAUUGCGGUAAAGAUUUUGCAAGGAAGUAUUCUUUAAUAGUUCACAGACGCAUUCAUACAGGUGAAAAGAAUUAUUGUUGUGAAUAUUGUAAUAAAACAUUUAGAGCAAGUAGUUACUUACAAAAUCAUCGUCGUAUACACACCGGUGAGAAACCACAUCCAUGUACAAUUUGUGGAAAACCAUUCAGAGUACGAAGUGAUAUGAACAGACAUUUGAAUACACAUUCUCGAGGAAGAUCUGACAGACCUUUAAAUAGAAUAAUAACGGGGAAAAAUAUUGAAGAGGAUGAUGAUAAAGGUGCUCAAGCUAAAAGUAUACAAGAUUUUAUGAGAGAUUUAAAACGUGAGGUAGAAGGUACUACCAGAGUUGUAGAAAUUGUUCCACCAGAUGAUAAUCCUGAAAGUAUAUUACCACAUGCUGGAGGACAAACUUUGGAAUAUACAGUUACAACAACAGCUGAUGGUAAUUCUGAAAGGGAUCCUUUAGAAGCUGUUGUUCGUACCACCGAUAAUAUGCAAUACUUUUUUAUGUAAUUAAUAAUGUCAAA